AUGUCCUCUAACUACAGUGACUUCAACAGCACCUUUACUGAAGAUGGCGGGCCAACAGUGGAGACAAAGGUUGUAUCUUUCUACACACCUCUCCUCUAUGUUUCCAUCUUGGUUGUAUCACUUGCAGUAUUUGCAUCACACUACAGGAAGAAAACUGUUCAAGAAUUGAGCAGACUACCAUCAAUGUUUGAUGAAUCAGUAGCGCGGGAUCUGUACUAUGAGCUAAAGCAGAUGAGCGAGUCAGAAGAAACUAAGGUCCACGAAAAAGUACUAAAAGCUGCGCUAUUGAACCGUGGCGCUGAGGCAAUCAGAAGAACACUAAAGUUGAAGGAAUCCGAGCCGCAGGUGACAAUGCUAUACAAGAAUGGCUCUGUUGGUGAAGAGUAUUGGAAAAGAUAUCAGAAUGAGGUCAAACUUGUGGACCUCGAAUUUAAAGAAUGCAUUCAAGAGGCAGAAAUGAUGCAACCUGGAUGGCCGCAGCUCUUCGUUGGCGUUUGCAGAGAAAUAUGUUUCAACCAAGCUUUGAAAAGACGGUACCAGGCUAUCUUGUUGAGAAAAGACGUGUUUGCUGUGCAGUGGGAUCUCAAGUUCGACGAUAAUGGUAGGCUACUUGAAUGA